AGCUUGUUUUUUCAGUCACUGCAGAUGAGCAAAAUUCAUGAACACUUGGGUGCAACCAUUCUGUUGUCACAACUUCAUAAUGACCUUACUAACAAGCUGGAAAUCAGCACCAACAGCAUUUCUUCUCUUACAUUUUUGGAGAGCAAAAGUACAUGCUUCUGGAAACCCAGAGGAGGAAAUAGAUUACACAUAUGUUAUUAUAGGAGUUACUCUGGGAGCAGUUCUAGCAAUCGCUUUUGUAGCAGUAAUAAUCUGCAUGAUCAAAGCCAAAAUGAUUGACAGUGACUUUGGAGAGUCAGAUGGCAAAAUGGAAAGAAGGGAAGUGAAUGACUUUGUGGUGGCAGCAAAAUUUAACAUCUUUAAUGGUGACCUUACAUUGACCUCUUUGAUAUUUCCUUAUCCUGUCUGCAGGCAUUUGCUAAAAGGUCAAACACAGGAUCGAGCCAAAACAGAUGACAGCAAUGCAAUAAGAAACCAAAGUACAAGAGAUCAAUAACCCUUUUGCAAUCAACAGUUACCACGUCUGAGGAUCAAUAGAAGUCUCUUGUGCACAGGCAGGAAUCUUACCAAUACCAAUCCUUUUCUCUGUUCUUUAGUUGAAAGGCUGAUUGAUUGUUUACAGGAAGAGCUUAUAGUGCAGCUAACUUCAAUAACCUGCACCCAAAAGGCCUGCAAUCCCCCUCAGCAUGUCUGUGAAGAUGUGUGAGGAAAAUAAAAUAGAUGGGUUCUGUUCACUAAUAGAUCCUCUUUAUUCUGUGAUAAGUAUAUGAUUGAUUUCUAAAGUCAGUUAAAUAUCAGGUAUUCAGAAAGGUGGCAAUAUAAAUCAGCAGCAAAAUGCAUGGUCAUACCCAUAUUUCAAGAUAAGUAAAUAAGUAUUUCAGCAACUUGGAAAAUCAUUCAUUUGAGGUUAGAACAAAACAAGGCUUCUCAUUUAUAUCAGGAUAAGAAAAUAAUUCAUUAAUUUAAAGUUUUAUCUUUUUUAGAUCUAGAACUGAUCCUUUUGUAGGUGUUAGUGAUGAUUUAAACAAUUUUAAAAUUAAUUAUGGCAAUUUAAAAUUAAAAAUUCCUUUUAGAAAUGUUUUUUAUGUUCUGUUGACACUUCAUGUCAACACUACAAACAAGCUAAUCUGUUAUUUCCAGAAUUUCCUUAUCCAUAUUUCUUUAGUAUAAAACAAUGCACUAAGUUCAAACAGAAUUUGUGAAUAAUUUCAGUUUCCCAGCACCUUCAUUCUUGUUUUAGCCUUAUAUGUUCUGAUGGACUUGAUUACAUCAAAAUUGCUUUGCCUGGCUCCAAUUAUAAGCUUCUUACAGUGGGAAUGAUGAGAAGAAAAGUUAAAGCUUUGUUUCUGAACAUUUAGAGUAGUUUAGAUAAUUUAAACCCAAGUUAUUCUGUAAACACUUUCCAACUUUUAACAAAGCUUUGAGUCGGUGGCUUUAGUUUUGGUUCAGAAAAUAAUGCUGUAGAUUCUAUUCUGUUUAAUCCUGUUCUUUCAAGAACGCUGUACGUAACAUACUAUCAUCACAAGGUGCAAGAAAACAGGGAGAUUUUUGUAUUUCAACCCAGGCUUUUCUUUCACCUUGUGAAAGAAAGGGCAGGCAGUGUCAGCUGUGAGAGCUUUGGGAACUCUUGGCCACCAUCAUCUGCUAUUCCUACAGCUUCUCUCAGGAAACCCAGCAGAACUUCAAGGCUUGGGGGCCUCAGGUAGACAGCAUGCCAAGUGAGUUAAGUAAUAUCCCAGUAUUUCACAGGCAGAGCUGCAUGUUGGAGCAUUACAAGAUGACUCCAAACAGGAUGUUACACUAUUUUAUUGCAGCUUAGCAUUAUCCAGACC